UUUCCAAGCAAUUUCUUAAAAGUAGACUGCUAGAUUUAUCAUAAAAGCCACUUGCUAGUCACUAGAGUAAAGCAUUGCAUAUACUGUCCACAGUUAAUUUUCAGUUAAGAAACACUAUUUUCCUCCCCAUGGCUACCACAAGUAAACAGUCAGCUGCACCUCAUUGUUCUUCCUCUUCCUCAUCUUCAACUCAUUGGGAUGUUUUCUUGAGCUUUUACGGUAAGGACACUCGUGGAAAGUUUACUUCCCAUCUUUACUCUGCUUUGGUUCGCGAAGGAAUUUCAACUUUCAUGGAUGACCCUGAACUCGAGAAGGGCGAAGAAAUCUCAUCAGGACUCCUUAAUGCGAUCCGUGGCUCAAAGAUAUUUGUGGUUGUUCUCUCAGAGAACUAUGCUCGUUCAAGAUGGUGCCUUGAUGAGCUUGUAGAGAUCCUUACUUGCAAGAGAACCAGCGGACGUUUAGUGAUUCCUGUAUUCUACUAUGCUGAUCCAUCAUAUCUGAGGCACCUGAAAGGGAGUUAUGGGGAUGCUAUGGAUGUUCACAAGGAGCGUUACUCUGCUGAUAUUAUAGGCAAGUGGAGAUCUGCUCUGGCUGAAAUCGCAGGUCUCUCUGGAUACCAUCUCAAAAUGGAUGCAGAUGAGAACGAAGCAUACACUGUUCAGGAAAUUGUGUAUCACGUGACACCUUUUAUAUCUACAAAGAAAUUGUAUUUUGAGGAAUAUCUGGUUGGCGUUGAUUCUUGUGUUGAAGAGAUAUGCGAAAAACUAAGUCUGGAGUCCAAUGAUGUUCGUGUUGUUGGGGUAUGUGGGAUGGGAGGAAUCGGGAAAACCACAACAGUCAAAGCUUUUUACAAUAAAUAUUUUAAAAAAUUUGAUAUCAGCUGCUUUGUUGAUGAUGUAAAACAACAUUCACAAGGAGGUAGUUACCUACUUCCUAUACUUCAGCAACUCUCAGUUAAGAUUUUUGGGAAGAUGGAUUACAAGGUACGUGAUGUUGAAAGUGGAAUAAGAUUAUUGGAGCAAUUUCUUUCCGGUAAGAAAGCUCUACUUGUUGUGGAUGAUUUAGACCAAUCUAGCUAUUCAGAUCUAGUAAGGGUUUGCAAGUUGUUUUUUCCCGGAAGCAGAAUUAUUUUUACAACAAGAGAUGCAAACAUAUUAAAUCAACUGAAAAAAGAUAUACCAGAAGUAGAUAUAUACAUGAGAGUAUUGGAACAAGUUGAUUCACUGAAGCUCUUCAGCUAUCAUGCCUUCCGAACGCCAUCAGCACCUGAAAGUUUUAAAGAGCUGACAGAAAGCUUUAUAAGUUAUGCUGGAGGUCUUCCAUUAGCUCUCAAGGUGCUGGGUUCAUCUUUGCUCAACAGGGAUGACAUGUCAUUCUGGAAAGAGAAACUUGUAAAGGUUCGAAAAAUUGGGGAGAAUGAUAUACAAAAAAUCAUUCAACUGAGCUUUGAUGAAUUAGGUGAGACAGAGAAGGCAAUUUUUCUUGAUAUUGCAUUCUUCUUUGUUGGAAAGGACAAAGAUGAGGCUGUUCACAUAUUCAAAUCAUGUGAUUUCUUUCCAGAUGUUGGGAUACCAGUUCUUGUAGAAAAAUGUCUACUAACAGUAACUAAGAAUAAUAUGUUUCAGAUGCAUAACAUCAUCCGUGACAUGGGAAAAGAAGUUAUUCGUGGAGAAUCAAAGCACGGGGGCAGACGCUUGUACUUGCGUCAAGAAAAUGCAUGGGCGGCUUUGCAAAAUCCAGAGGGACUACAAAAAGUUGAAGGACUCAUCAUAGACCAGACCAUGUCCACAAAAAGACAUUUCAGUGCCAAAAUACUAGAAAGAAUGCCCAACCUGAGGUUACUUGAAAUAAUUGGUGCAAAUGAUAUUGAGGGAAAAUUCAGAAAUUCAUUUAACGAGUUAAGAUGCAUUCGCUGGCGUCAUUGUCCUUGGACGCGUUUGCCUUCUAGUUUCCAUCCCCCAAAACUCGUCUCUCUUGAUAUGCCAUAUAGCGAGUUAAAGACAUUGUGGAAAGGCAUCACGCCUUCAGUGAAGCUGAAGACUAUAAAUCUCAGCUACUCAAAAAACCUGAAAAUCAUGCCUGACUUGAGUAAUUUCACGUUACUUGAUAAAUUAUUGCUUCAUGGAUGUAAGAGCCUGCUGAAAGUCCCCCAAACAAUUGGUCAACUGACUAACUUAUUUCAUCUGGAUUUGGGAGGAUGCAGCCAUUUGAAAGAAGUAACCGAGCCAAUCGGGCAAUUAACUAAAUUGGGUCAUUUGGAUUUGGAUGGGUGUGUGAAUCUGAGACGACUACCUGAGGCUAUCAUACAAUUGACUACUAUAGGAAGUUUGAAUUUGUCUUAUUGCAGCAAUCUGACGCGACUGCCUGAGCAAUUAGGUGAUAUGAAAUGCUUAAAGAUGCUUGAUGCAAGUUAUACAUCAAUUGAACAACUGCCAGAUUCAACUUCUCAACUGAAAAAAUUGGUUAAGUUGAAUUUGUCCAGUUGUGAGAAGCUUAGAAAGUUACCUGAGCAGAUUGGGAAUUUGGAAAGCUUAAAAUGGUUUGAUGCAAGUUGUACAUCAAUUGAACAACUGCCAGAUUCAACUGCUCAACUGAAGAAAUUGGUUGAGUUGAAGUUGUUAUUUUGCGAGAAGCUUAGAAAGCUACCUGAGCAAAUUGGUAAUCUGGAAAGCUUAAAAUAUUUAUAUGCAAGUGGUAGUGCAAUUGAACACCUACCAGACACGUUUGCAGGCCUGGUCAAUUUGGACAGAUUGGAUUUGUACAAGUGUGCAGAGCUCGAACAAUUGCCUGAGCAGUUUGGAAAGAUGCAAUUGCAGAAAUUGGAUUUGCGAUGCUGCCGGAAGGUUAAAAAUAUAACAUCACUUGCAAAAUUGUAUCAGCAUCAAGAGGGCAUGGAUACAAUUAAUUUGCCUGAUAUGAUAAAAGAUAAGAAGGUGUUGAAAGACCUAAGUCUGACAUGUGAUGAAAGUUUAUGUUUAUGGCUGCCUAUGAUUCUAAGUUUUUCUUCUUUGGAAAAGUUAUCUCUUCAUUUUGAGAGCCAGAGUUUCUCUCCAAGUGAACCGUAUAGUCUUUCUGCGCUUUCCAGCCUACAAGAUCUUACAUUGGUUAAUCGGAAAAAUAGCGAGUGCUGUUUUCCAGAGCUUCCUUUGAAUCUAACAUGGUUAAAAAUAUAUGGAUAUGCAACACUGGAAAUGCUACCAGAUUUAUCGAGCUUGAUACAGUUGAAGUGGUUGUAUAUAUGGAGAGCCAUCAGCCUUCAAUCACUCCCAUCACUUCCUCCUCAUCUUGAAUAUCUUCAUGUUGUUGGAUGCACAAGCCUACAAGAUCUCCCAGAUCUGUCAGUUUAUAAGGAAUUAAGAAGCUUGAGGGUCAGCAUGUACAGCAAUCCGAAUCCAAUAAGUUUGAAGCAGAGUCUUCUUCAGGUAGGACAACAUAAAUUACAUUCAUUUGGAGCUGAUACAGCAGACAGGGAGAUUGGGGAAUGGUUUAGCCACAAAAGCAGAGGGGAUAAAAUAUGUUUCACAAUUCCACCAAAUACGGGAGACCACUUCUUUGGUGUCGGGCUGUGGGUCGUUUAUAAAUGCAAAUAUGCUGAUCGCCGUGGUUUAUACUUGAAAGUUGUUAUUAGUAAUGAAACCCAAGAUAUCCAACAAAAUGAUUGCUUUUCUUUACCAUGUCAAACAGCUGUGGGCGAAGUUCAGUCGAGGAUACAAUGUGUAAGUUUCAAGAGAAUGAGAAGUGGAGAUAGAAUCAAGGUUUCAUUUCAAAGCUUCCCAUAUAAUCCCAAUUUUGAUAUGCCACCUGUUCUUUGGGGUCGCGGAGAAGUGAAAGUGAAAAUGUGUGGGGCUCAUUUAAUACCGAAGACACCCUCCACUCUCAGUUGAUACAUCCUAGUUUUCUCCUGUUUUCUGUUAACCCAACGCAAUACUUUACUUUAUAACAGUACUGGCUCAUAUUACUUUGUUAAUUGAUUGAAUUUGUAUGUUUUA